AUGGACCCGAAAAAUGGAAGUUCUUUCACUGGCUUUAUCCUGCUGGGUUUCUCUGACCGGCCUCAGCUGGAGCGAGUCCUCUUUGUGGUUCUUCUGAUCUUCUAUCUGCUCACCCUCCUGGGAAACACGAGCAUCAUUGCGUUGUCCCGCCUGGACCCACACCUGCAGACUCCCAUGUACUUUUUCCUGUCCAACCUAAGCUUUCUGGACCUGUGUUACACGACCAGCACUGUUCCUCAGCUGCUGGUUCAUCUCAGGGGAGCAGACAAGUCUAUCUCCUUUGCUGCCUGUGUAGCUCAGCUGUUUGUCUCUCUAGGUUUGGGAUGCACAGAAUGCAUUCUGUUAGGGGUGAUGGCAUUUGACCGCUACGCAGCCGUCUGCAGGCCCCUGCACUACACAGUGAUCAUGCACCCCCGUCUCUGUGCCCUGAUGGGUUCUGCGUCGUGGUUCAUUGGUUUUGCCAACUCCUCAUUGCAGACGGUGCUCACCUUCCUUGUACCACUUUGUGGGAGAAAUAAGAUAGACCACUUCCUUUGUGAGGUUCCCCCACUGCUCAAGCUUGCCUGUGUUGACACCACUGUGAAUGAGUCUGAGCUCUUCUUUGUCGGUGUGAUCAUUCUUCUCAUACCUGUGGCAUUAAUCACGUUCUCCUAUGGUCGAAUCGUCAGGGCAGUGUUAAGAAUAAAGUCAGCUGCUGGACAGAGGAAAGCCUUUGGGACAUGUGGGUCCCACCUCACGGUGGUUUCCCUUUUCUACGGCACGGCGAUCUAUGCUUACCUGCAGCCCAGCAACAACUACUCCCAGGAUCAGGGCAAGUUCAUUUCUCUCUUCUACACCAUCGUCACCCCCAUGGUCAACCCCUUCAUAUAUACCCUGCGGAACAAGGAUGUGACGGGAGCAAUGAGGAAGGUGUUCUGUGGGGGCUAUGACUCCAAAUGACUGGGGGGCAAGACCCUCUGAUGGAAGAAUUUGAGUUCAGAGUCUUUAUGCUUUUGUGUCCUGCACGUGUCAUCCAACAUUUUUUCUGACAACUCUCAAAGGGAUUUUCUUAUCUCCUUCUUUCGUGCAAGUGAGUGUUCAAUCUCUGAGUUCAUGGAUUCAUUGCAGCCUCCAGAGAUUCUGAUUUAGAGCAUCUGCAUCAUAUUAUUAUUUCAAAACCUCCACAAGAUUUUGUUAUUUCACUCCCUUUUGGGAGCACUAUUUCUUUCUUAAUUGCAAACAGACAUCUACACAUAUAUAAUAA